CUUCGAUUUGGACAAACAGCUCAGGAGGAUUCAUAUUCACUUUGUUCCACUAAAUCUUAUGCAUGUGGAAAACAGGCACCCUCUCAUACGAAGAAUUCGAAAAUGUACUCUUCGACUUCUUGGAAAGGGCUAGAAAAGUUGGAGAUUCUUGGAAUCUGGAAUAUGCUAAGGGAAAACGAAAAGUGAAGUACCUUACCAAGAAACAAGUGCAGCUGGGUUUUGAUAAAGCAAGUGAAGCAGAUACAGAGGAAACUUGUGCAGAGGAUAAGAACUGGGGUGUGGAGGAAAUUGACAAUGAUUGUGUAACAUCUGGCCAGCUAGAGUCAGAUGUGAAAAAAACAUUUCUGAAGUAUGAAUAUCAUGUUAUCUACAGCACCAGUUAUGGUGUCCCAGUGCUUUAUUUUACUGCAAGCAGACAAGAUGGUAAAUUAGUCAGUUUAGAAGAAGUUUGGAAAAAUGUACCAGAAGUUUACCAUGAAAGGCUUGAGUUUGAAAAAUGGACAUUUUUAACACAACAGGAACAUCCACACCUUGGGGUUCCAUUUUACCAACUUCAUCCUUGUCACACCGCAGAUAUGAUGAAGAAAAUUGCAGGUGUCACUGAAGAUCAAGAGGACAAUGUUUCUGCAAACUACCUUGUAACAUGGCUGAGUACGGUUGGACCAGUUGUGGGCCUGAAAAUUCCCACAGAAUACUCCACAUAACAUUGGCUUAACACAAGAAAAUCUGAAUACUCUGAGAAAUAGUAGAGCAAUGAAGCCCAAGUAAGCCUGGGACCAGUUACCUUACUGGUUUGGCUGUGAGAAGAUAUUGUCUUAAAGGCCUUCUAACACCAAAAUUUUUUUGGAUUGGUCCCCUGGGGUGGGUCGUUCAAAGCUGGGUUAAGAUAACCAGUGGUUAAUGUGAAAUCUGAUUUCAGAUCUAAUAACUUUAAAAGAAAAUUCAGUCAAAUUCUUUUCAUCUAGAAUAGGACUAUUUAAUGCUCUAGAAAGAACACAGGAAUUAUCCCAAAAAGGCUUUUGAAUAAAGGAAUGAAGAAAACCCAGAUUAAAAUUUAACAUUGGGUUAGCACUAAUCAGCCUUCAAACAACUGGGCCCAGGUUCACAAAUUACUUUCCUUUUCACCCAAGUCCUCUUCUGUGAUGCAGGGAUCAUGCCAAAGUAAAACACAUUUACUUUGCCAUUAUAAUUUUUUUUUGACAUGUUUUCACAUGCUAAGAUUACAUGAAAAAUGUUUCAUAAUCUGUAUGCUUGAGGUGCAAAAAUUUGUUCUUGUCCAAAUUCUUUCUUUGUGCCAGUUUGUAAACAAUGAGAAUAUUAAAAAUAAAAU